AGACGGGCUUGGAGAAAAAAAAAAAGCUUCAUUCAACCUCUCAAACUUGCCCUCCUCUCUGCGCCGCCUAUUCUUCUCAUAAUCCUUAUUUUCCUACAGUAUCCUUCGAAAACUUCUUUUAUCGCCUACACAGACUUAGUGGCCAAACCACCCACCCAUGGCCCUCAACCCGCCAUCGAAGCGCACCUUCCCAGUGACGGCGGGGAAUAGAAACAACAACAAUGGCGUCUCUUCCGCCGCCGCCCGCAAGCGCGCCAAAACUUUCGAUGCCCGCACCUUAGCCGUCCAGUCCUCCGAGGCCGCGCUGUCCGUCUCCGGCGAACUGGACGUGGCCGCCUACGUCGAGGCUCGAGAGUUUGAGAUCCGAUCGCUGGAGGCCGGCAUGCAGCGGUCUCGGGCGGCGUUGAUGAGCCGGGCUUUCCAGAAGGUGCCGCGGUCGUUGCGGCGGCGGACGGCGAGUCAUAAUGUGAAGAGAGUACCGAGACGGUUGAGAGCGAGGGCGAAAAGAGAGAUGCUAGAGGACAAUACACCAACCGUGAGCUCGCGCACCCGCAAACAUACCGAACAGAUGCGGAUCCGCCUCGAGACGGCGCGCCGGCUGCAAGGGCUGAACCGACGGACUCAGGUGAAACGCGCAAAAUUGCGUGCCCAGCGGGCGGCCGAAGAGAAGCAACAACUCGCUGAGUUAAACACCCACGCGUUUGAGAUCGCGCCGCGCGUGCCUAAGAUCAAGAAAAAUCGGCUGUCGCGCCCCGCGCCGCCGGACGCCCGCUUCCGAAAACGUCAGCGCUGCAAGACGUGGUUGCCGACCCAUAUGUUUCAUGCCAAGCGGGCUAAGAUGACGACCUCGUUGAAUCCGCUGUGGCGGUUCGCCGUGCCGUUGUCGCCGACGGAGAAGAGCUACCGGCCGACGCAUCGGGCAAGGGGGACGAGGGGAUGUGUGGCGUGGGAUAUGAGUUAUAUGGCUACGUUGCAGCUGGAGGGGGUGCGGUCUGGGGUGGAGGCGGUGCUUAGGGGACUUGGGGUCGGGGUGGGGGUGGAUGGGGAUGAUGUGGGAGAGGUUUGGGGGUCAAGGGGGAGAAAGUGGAGGGAGGGGAAGAGGGGUUUAAGGGCUUGGGUUUCUGAGGCAGCUUCGCAGAAUAAGGAUAAGAGGAGGCCCAUUGCGGAGGUUAUGUUGGUGUGGUGUGCGGCUGGGGCUGAAAAGGAGAAGGAUGGAGAUGUUGAGAUGAUGGAUGCCGAUGCUCCUGCUGGUACUUACAAGUCCAAAAAGCAGCAGCAGCAGCAGCGUAAGAAGCUUUGGGUUCGUGUUCACCCGUCGGCUUUCCUGCAACUCUGGAAUGAGGUGCUGGCAAUCUCGAAACAGCAGAAUCCGCCGGUCAUGGUCGAGGAUCUCCGAUUUGAGAUUGGUAGUAUUGAUAUCACCGGCCCCGGAUCUAUGGAGGCGUUGAUCGCUGCCAUGAAGCCGGUCGUUGCCGACGGAAAGCCCUUUGCGGUAAACAGCCCGGAGGCUACUUGGGGCUCCCUGUUGGGAGUCUCUGAUGCUGCCUCUUUACCGAAAGGCGCGCUGCUUGCUUUCUCGGUCUCUGAUCCCCGCUUGAGUCACCCUCCCAAGACGCUGAAGCCUCCAACAUCCGAGAGUGAUAUGCAGAGUCUGGCUGUCCUGCUCGCUACCUGGCCUCCAGAUCGCACCCAGACUGCCCCGGCUCUUUUCGAUCGUCGUGCACGUCUGGCUGCUGCGCGACAGAUGCCGAGUCAAAAGGCCAUCAAUCGGCGGCGGACAGAAGCUGGACCGGGAGUUCCUCCUCCAGCAAAGGAUACAGAUCCCCAGAUUCCUGUCAUCGUCCUAGCGUGUCGGUCGACCGCGCAAUCGAAGGAUAGCAAUCCUCCGGGAACCUGGACAGUACUGCUUCCGUGGAAGUGCGUCCUUCCCCUCUGGUACAGCUUGAUGUACUACCCACUGUCGAGCGGAGGUCUCCCCCGCUUUGGAGGUCUCAAGGAGCAGCAACAAUUGGCAUUCGAGUCGGGAGAACCCUGGUUCCCUGGUGACUUCCCUGGAACCCAAGCUGGUUGGGAAUGGGGUUUGCGUGAGCGUGAGGAAGCGAAGAAGGCCUGGGAGCGCCGGCCCAAGGGACGUCGAGUCGAGUUUGACAGUCUGGAUCUAGGUACCGGCCAGAAAGGGGAGGUCGGCAGAGGUUGGGCCUGCGACUGGGAGAGCCUUGUCCAAAGCACAGCCAAGACCGAGGAGGUACAGAAGAAAGACAAGCAAACAGAUACUAUCAUGGUGGAUGCCGCUGUUGCUGCUGAAACCGCCACCACCACAACCGCCACAAAUCAGCCUCCACCUUUGAACAUUCACCAACUUUCAUCGACGCAGGCAGCUCGGGCACUGAGCGAUCGAGCUGUCAGCGUCGAUACCGCCGCGCUCGCCACAGUCCGCAUCUCCCUCAUCAGUCGUGGCACCCCAACCCCUCGAGCCCGCAUCUACCGUCUUCCCUCUAACAAUCCAGACCUCAGACAGCGCUGGCUCUUACUGGCAUCAAAGAAGACUGACGGGGACAAACAACCCUGUGUCCCGAAGCCCGACGACUCCUUGCGUAAAGAAGACGCUCAACAGCGCCUUGCUGCGUCGCUCAUAACCCCCUGCGCUGAUACGGAUACUCGUCAGGCACAUCUUCCGCUGCCCUCCGAGGAAGAUCUGAUCGGGUUUAUCACGACGGGAAAUUAUAAUCUUGCCGAGGGUAAGGGGACGGGCAUCGGCUCAAUUCAGGUGGUCAAGGUCCGGGAUAAUACUGGUUCCGGCAAGGAUAAGGCGAAGGGCAAGAAGCACAUGUGCAUUGUCCGAUCUGCAGGUGAGCUGGUCGGACGGCUGGGGUACUGGGAGCUUAUCUAGUCACUGUCUCGUUCCCUUAAAGUAUGUGGUCAUAGUCAGGUUGUAUCUGGGCGGGUUUGAGUUUUUCAUGAUACCCCGGUUUGUCGAGUGAAUUCAAAGAAUUAGACGUGGAUGUGGG